AUGAGUACUGCCAAUGCGGAUGCGGCGCAGAAGAAGGCGCAGGAAUUCCUCUCAAAGGAUGCCAUUGAGGAAUUACGUGGCAUGACGGAUAAGACGGGAUCCCGCGUUCGCCAUGGAUUGCUGCCGCGUGAUCACCACACAGUGGAUACCGCACACGAAACAAAGAUAAAUGCAUACAUUGCGGAAAGACGAACAUGGCGGCAGAAUGUGUAUGUUCUGCGUAACUUUGAGUACUGGAGACUGAGAGCGGAGUAUUAUCCAUAUAUUGAGAGAAGUGAUUCAUACAGUGAUAACUUUUUUCUCCGCGGCAUUACAUGUCAUCCUCGGCUUAGUGAUUACCCUACUUGUCGUGCGGUAAUUCAAGACUACUUUAUUUGUCGUGAUAAGAAUAAGGUAAUGCAAGUAUUUAACAUGUGUGCCCCACUUAAAGAGCAAUUCUGUGCCUGUAUUAAUGAAGUGUUCGUAAAGAAUCAUGAACGGGGUGAUAAGAAGUUUAACGCACGAAGAGAAGAGUACUUUGAGGAACAGCGAGGGAAACGAUUCGCCAAACUAUUGAAUCAAGCUGAAGAGUCCAUGGAACAGAGGAAAAAACUGCAAGAUUGA